AGGGCAACUUGCCGUCCCCCAUCACAGGAAAGUCUCCAAGGUCAAAGAGAAAGAAAUGGUGGUUUUUUACUAAGACCCUCUUUGGGACUUCCUGUCCUGUGUCUGUAGAAAUCAAAGGUCAUCCACGCUGGCCUGAGACUGGAGGAGCCAUGAGCACACAGGGUCCCAGCCCCCUCGCCUUCCUCACAGCUCCUGUCACGCCCGGCAGCCCCACAGAGGCAGCUGACCCCCUCCCCAUGCUCAUCGCCCUCGCCUGCAUCUUCCUCCUGCUGGCCAGCUGUCUGCUGUUCAUGACCCUCUGCAAACCGGCCGCACUAGACCCGACCCAGCGCCGGGCUCGGGAGUGCAUGCCCCACCACCCCGGGAGCCCCAGCGAGCCGCAGCUCAGGCUCUGGAAGCGACUGGGCUCUCUGCGCCGCUCCCUGCAUAGUUUCCGCCGCGGCAGACCUGCUCCCCGACGCCCCCUGCCGGGCUGUGAUGACGGCCGUGACUGUGACUGCACCGAAUCUACCAAGAUGUGACCGGGUGGCCCCGCCAUCCAGGACCCACCUGCGGACCCGCCUGCCUCGGACAGAGCCUGGAACCUGGGGCUGCCGAAGGACGUGGGCCACACAUUCAGCCCCAGUGGUCCCGUGUCCCUGGGCCCGUGGCCUUUCCCAGAGACAGCCCUGAGAGGAGAACCUGGCUCUCUGCGGACCCUCUAGUGGCUGCCGGCUGAAAGACUGCUGGGCCGACUUCGGGGCCAGAGGGGACAACAUGGGGCCCCUAGUACCGUCCUCUGGCAACCAGGCACCAACCACCUCCGGGAAACAAUGACCCUGCUUCUCAACAGAAGUCUCGCUCACCCUCCCAGGUGCCAAAGCCCAGCCUGGAUUCCAGUUUGAGCUGCCAAAUGGCCAAAGGUUCCCUCCAGUCAAAUGAAAUACUGUGCCCACAUGGGGGGCAAGGUAAUGUCUUGCCCUCUGUGCCAACUCAGUGCCCAAGGCAAGAGGAAAGCCAGGGACCCCUCUCCUUGGAAUUCCUGGGCCCCACCAGCAUUCGCCUGAUAAUCCCUGGGAGCAGUCAGCACCCUCGUGGUGGGCGAGAUGCCUGGGUGCCUCCUGGGAGGAGGGCAAGCAGGAGGCUUCCAACACUGCCCAGCCAAUCGCCAUCUUGACAGCCAUCUUGGUGUCCCCCCUUGGAGGUGCUGACGUUACAAUGGACCAGGAAGGGGCUGAGAAUGGGUUAAGGAGCUCCUUGAGAUGUCAGGACCCGUGUUGUGUCAGAGUGGAGGGAGGCAUUGCCAGAAGCUAGAGGUGAUGCCACCUGGGCUCUGAGGACACGCCAUAGUGCUCCUGCCCCACCCAGGGCAGGGGGCAUCCUCCCUUUGGGGUAGGAGGGUCCAGACCUCUCCAGGACAGCACCCCAGGUUUGGAGCACACGAGGUCUGCUGAGUUUUUGGCAAUUACAUCAUUGACUGGCUACCUGUCAAAGCAAUCCCACCCUAGAGCGGACUUCUCAGCAUUCCAAACCCCCAAACUCUACCCAGGGCCGUGGCUGUACACUCUGGGGCCCAGAUUUGGAGAGUGGACAGAGGGGUUCUGAGCUGUCUACCUCCUGCUCCCAGAGGGUCAGCUGGCCAGGGCCGCCUGGUGCCCUGCCACAGGGCUGCCCCAGCCCCCCUGCUGUGACUCACGGUGCAGCCAGCCAGGUCUUCUCAAAGAGGGAGCUCCAGCUUUGCCACUUCUUCCCAACCGUUCCAGCUCCAGAACCAUCCCUGGUUCCCAACUGCUGGCUAGAGAAAGCCAGAGCUCUCUAGUCUGACGUUCAGUGCCCUGGGAGCUGGCUCCAAACUAUCCUUCCAGCCUUAUCUUGAUCGAAGACUCCAGACAAACUGAACUUCCUGCCCUCCCCAGGCUGUGGCUUAUGCUGUGCAAGGCACCCCCUCCGUGAGGCCACCUUUGCUCUCCAGCUGAAAGCCACCUCCUGCCUGGAACCAGCCCUACUCUUCCCAUCUCUCAGAGGGAGGGCAGAGAUCACUUCCUCUCGGCGGUGUGGGUGACCCACAUCUAUGUCCCCUCCUUCCUACGGGCCUGGAAGCUUGCACGGAGUGAGACUACGUCCAACCUCUCACAGGCACAGCUCCAGGCACAGAAGUAUGAACGUCAUCUCGAUUUCCUGAGUGAAGGGUGGCCCAUCUCAGCGUGUCCCCACUCCCAAAGCUUAAGAAGUCCUGGGGGGGGGGCAUCUUCUUCCCUCACAUGCCCCUAGACAGAAUCUUUGUCUCUGGGCAUGGUGGUGAGCUGAGGCUCACUGUACCUUCGAAGAGUGAGGCCACCUUGGCCAGAAACUUCCAGGGCCUUGGAGAAGUCACUAAUACCUGAACUUCUCCCUUAGAAAUAGGGAGAAUCGGGGCUGCCCUGUCUCACUCCUGGGCUCUAGGAUUUCAGGCUGUGUCAUGUCAGGUAAAGAGAAACCAAUUCUUCAGGUUUAGAAAGAGGGGCAGGCCUCAUUCCACAGACAUUUGUUACCCUCUCCCCUUCUAGCUUGUUAACUUUGUCCUGGUUCCCUUCCCAGGGCCUCCUGACACACCCCAGGAUGAAUCUGGCCCACAGUCACAGGCCCAGCACUGGGUGCUGUCUUCCUGGAGACCAGGGCUGGGGGCAAGGCUUCCCGGCGGGACUGAAGGAGACACGAAAGCUGGGGAUGGACAGGGGGACCCUCGCAGUGCUGGCCAUACUCCCAGGCAUGUCCCCACUUUGGUCCUGGGAGACGGUUGGUUAAUGGGGUGGCCGAUGUGAGGCUAGAGGAGAAGCUGAGCCCCAGAGGAAGCUCAGGGCUUCCUCCUUCUAGAACCGGCCCCGGCCUCUGGUAUAUCCUUGCAGUUUCCUGGACUCUUCGGGCCUCUGGAGUCAGAACCCUGCUCCCAGCCCAUUUCCUGCCAGGCCCCCGGCCCCGACGCAGGGAGCUGGACAUGCUUCCAGCCCCUCCCGAUCCUGGGAGCCUGCCCCAGUGGACAGGCCCAGAUUUGCUGCGUUUGGCUCAGCGUCCGCCUCCACAGCUGGCGAAGAGGGUAAUCCCGGCCUCCCUCCCCACCCAGCAACGGAGGCGUCCAGGGCCAGCUGGGGGAGGGCACCCGAGCCUCCUUUUCAGGUCCUCCCCUUUCUCCCUUGGAGACUCAUAGCCGUCGCUCCUGCUCCCUGGGCAAAGGAGCUCUUUCUUCUAGUGCCUGUUUACUUCCCAAGAAGGGAGCUUUGGCCAAGGGCCCCAUGAAAGCCUCUCUGUUCCGGGCCUCGGUGGGCCCUGGCUGUCUCCCCUCACCUCCUUUCCGGGAAAAUGUGACAGCUCCAUCCCCUUGCUGCUUUGAAAGGCCCUCUGGGUGGUGUAGGGGAAGAGGAGAGGGCUUUGGGGAAAGGAGGGAGGCGAGGCCUUCCUUCUGUUUUUGGGGGGAGCCGGGGUGCUGUUGUAGGCAACAGAAACUAAAGGCCUGCUCUCCCCAGGAGGGAGGAUGGCACCUGGCUACUUUGGGGGCAGCCGCUGGACCCUCUCCUGUUUCUAUCCCUCCACAUGGCAUCCAGGCCACGAUGACACACCGAGCCUGUAUGCAGCCCUGCCCCCAGCCCACCAGCUGCCCCAGGGGGCUACGGCCACCUGCCUGCAUGAUGCUGUGUCCCUCA